AUGGCUCUCAUUGUGGAUAUUGUGCGAUCGGUCCUGUGCACGUCGUGGCUUAACCUUUUGCUUGUCUUUGUUCCUGUCGGAUAUGUUUCUUAUUUCAUCGGCCUCAACUCUACGAUAAUCUUCGUCUUCAACGCUCUCGCUAUUGUACCUUUAUCGUCUUUACUUACCGACGUCACGGAGAAGAUUGCCAGCGAUGCUGGAGAUACCAUUGGCGCCAUCCUCAACAUCAGUCUCGGCAACCUUGUCGAGCUGAUAUUAUUUGUCGCCCUCAAGAAUGACCAAAUCCGAGUCGUCCAAGCGUCCAUUCUUGGAUCCAUUCUUGUGAACCUGCUCUUGAUUUUGGGCUCGGCUCUUCUGACGACCAAGCUCCCCGACCAAGAGUUCCUCCACGAUGCCGCCGGCACGCAGCUACUCGGAUCGCUGCUGUUUGUGUCGGUGUUUACUUUCUUGAUGCCUACUGCCUUUGACCACACAUUCAGAGGACAAGAAGGCGCCGAGAGCAUGAGCCUGAAGAUGAGCAGGAUAUCUGCUGUCAUGAUUCUGCUCAUUUACAUCCUGUACUUUUUCCACGAAAUCAAAUCUCGCACGCCUCCUCACGACAUCGAAGCCGUAUCCCACGACGAAGACGCCGAUGACGUUACGUUGAUACACGACGCUGAUCAGGUUCCUCUUCGACCUAUGCCUCUUUCUUCCGAAACUCUACACGCUUCGCAAGCCAGCCACAGAGUCGUCAGAUUCGUCGACGUAAGCCCCAUAUCAGAACACGCACCUCUCAAAGAUGGCGAGCGGGAUAGCUUGGACGGCCUAGACCAUGAGAAUGAGCUGGAAAAUGAAGACUACCUCGAGAACGGAGAACCAAAGGAAGAAGCAGGAGAAGGCUUGUACAACUCUAGACGAGCCAGGACGCGAGGCCGCUCAUUAUCGCUGGGCUCAAGCAGAGGAGCACUGAGCGAGACGUCGGAGGGAGGAGACCGAACUGAAUUGAUGGCGCCAUAUCUCACGACGAGGCAGAUACUCCGCGACAGCCACGUCAAUCUCGACCGCAUAGUCGCCAAACCGAAGCUGAACUCGUUUGGACCCAGGAUCGAUCGCAUCAUCUCCUACGUGAUGCUCAUCAUCACAUCAGCGUUCAUGUCCGUAUCCGCCGAGUUCCUCGCCAGCGCCAUCGACGACGUGAUUCGACAGGGCCAUCUCUCUGAGUCGCUCAUUGGUCUGAUCAUCAUGCCAAUCAUCGGAAACGUCGCCGAGUACGCCACCGUGGUUAUCGUCGCCGCAAGGGACAACAUGGGUCUUGCACUGGCAGUUUCUGUGGGCUCGUCUAUCCAGAUUGCAUUAUGUGUUACUCCCUUGACGAUUAUUGCGGGCUGGAUCAUGGAUCGUCCGUUGAUGCUGACUUUCAACCUGUUCGAGAUCGCCACGCUGUUUGGAUCGGUCUUGCUGGUGAAUUUCCUGAUUUUGGGCGAAGGUGUUAGCGGUCCGCUGCGGUCCAGCGGCCUAAAAGGUGGUUUGAUGUGCAUUUUGACUUCUAACCUCCUAAAGAGAGAGCUCAACACUCUUUUCUACAUCGCUGUAUUACGGGUAGCGCAAGCAUUUGGCGACGACUCGUCUUUUUAUUCUCCCUUGCCCACGGCCAUGCCGCGUGAGCGGGAUGAUUCAGACGAUGAAGACAUUCCGCUGCACCAUAAACGGCCCUUUGGCGCUGGGCUGAAGCGCACCAAGAUCGAGUUUGUCAAAGCGACAGAUCCAGAUGCCAGCAACACGGUCAAAGCCGUUGGCGGACAGUCCGCAUCCAUCGGCGAUAUCUACGCCAGCAUAGUUCUGGGCAGCAGCUCUACGGACACUGCGUCAAAAUCCGAACCCGCCAGCGAUGAAAAGGAAGACACGACAUCAUCGCCAGAAAAGCUGCCAGAGCCUCUGAUCUGUCCACUCUGCUCUCUUCCCAUUACCACGACGCUGCAGAAGCACGAAGCCUCGCUUGCGCAUCAAGUGAGCCUGGAGCAUUCCCACCCGCCAUCUGCGCUGGAUCGAUCGCGCAUGGGUUUGCGAGCCCUGGAGUCUCAGGGCUGGGAUCCCGAUUCCCGCCUGGGUCUCGGCCGUGAGGGCGAGGGAACCCGGUUCCCCAUCAAGAUUCUCCCGAAAAAGGAUACGCUGGGCGUUGGGGCGAAGCAGCCGGCAAGUCAAAAGGUGGAAGAGAAGCCACGGCCACUGACGGCCAAGGAGAUGCGCGCUCUGGCGGAGAAGGAGAAGAGGAAGGGAGAGCGGCUACAGGCUGAGAUAUAUAGUCGGGUAGAUGUGGAAAAGUAUCUCAGGGGAAAUGGAGUUUGCACCCUCUCAGGCCAUCGCCGCCGACCUCCUCCACCAUCACCGCCUGACGGGACAGCUCCGUCCACCGCGGCCAAGAUGGGGUUGUCCGUCAUUGAAGAGCAGCAUAAUGUCAUCCUACAGGAAAUCAAGAACAUCACCCAGAACGACUGGAAGUGCUUGAUCGUGGACGAAAACUCUAAAAAGAUUGUCGACAAUGCUGUUAAAGCAGACGAUAUUCUCAAUAGCAAUAUUGCGACUAUCGAGAAAAUCGAAGACCGUCGAGAGCCCAAUCCCGAAAUGGAUGCCAUCUAUCUCCUCAGCCCCGAACCGCACAUUGUCGACUGCCUCCUGGCCGACUUCGAGCGCCGGCGCUACCGAAGGGGAUACCUGGUCUGGACGAAUCUACUGGAGCCAGGGCUGCGAAGACGCCUCGACGAUUUCCCUAACAUCCGCCAGCUGCGCGUGAGCUCUCGAACGCUCUUCAUCGACUUUUACCCGCGAGAAACCCACCUUGUGACGUUCCGCGACCCGUGGAGUUUCCCGAUGCUAUAUCACCCGUCAUGCAAUGCUCUAGUGCCCAAACACAUGCAGCUUCUUGCGCAAAGGAUUGCAGGUAUUUGCAUUACGCUGGGGGAGUAUCCAAAGGUAAGAUACUACCGACCGAAAAAUGCUAUCCACGAGGCUUCCGUACUUUGCACACACUUGGCGAGAUUCGUACAAGAAGAAUUGGACGGCUAUGCUCAAUGGGACUCCAACUUUCCGCCUCCGUCAACCAGACCUCAGUCGACGCUGCUCAUUACGGACCGAUCGAUGGACCUCAUGGCACCUCUAGUACACGAGUUCACUUACCAAGCCAUGGCACACGAUCUGCUCCCUAUCAAGGACGGCGACAAGGUAACUUUUCACACGACCAUCAACGAAGGAACCCCAGAAGCCGAGGAGAAGGACAUGGAGUUGGCCGAGAAGGACAAGAUCUGGGUCGAAAACCGCCAUCGCCAUAUGAAAGACACUAUCGACAAGCUCAUGGGCGAUUUCCAAAAGUUUUUGGAUCAAAACCCUCACUUUACAAAAGAAAGUGGGGACCCGACAAGUCUGAGUGCCAUCCGAGAUAUGAUGGCAGGAUUGCCUCAGUUCCAGGAGAUGAAGCAGGCUUAUUCUCUGCAUCUCACCAUGGCGCAAGAGUGUAUGAACAUAUUCCAACACCACAAACUUUCAGACACUGCUAUUGUUGAGCAGACCUUGGCCACUGGACUGGACGAGGACUAUAAGAAGCCGAAGAACACCCUCGAUUCCGUGGUGCGGCUGUUGGACGAUGAUGCGGUAUCGACUGGAGACCGGCUGCGACUCAUUGCCAUGUACGCGCUAUACCGCGGUGGUAUGAUUUUGGACGACGUCAAAAAGCUGCUGGCACACUCAGGUCUACCACCUCAAGAUGUGGAAACCGUCGUCAACUUUGAGCACAUUGGCGGAAGAACAAUGAAGCAAGGGCUCAAAGACCCGCAGCAACUAACCGUCCCCCUAUUUCCUGUUGACCUGAAGAAUGCGCAGAACGAAGAGGAGUAUACGCUAUCGCGCUAUGAACCUGUUCUAAAACAAGUCUUGGACGGAUUGACCAAAGGAUCUCUGGAUCAGACUAGCUUUCCUUAUGUCAAGCCACCACUUGAUCCCAACGAAGACCUUCUUGCAGCUCAAGCGGGAUCACUUCGAGCUGCUGGACGACCAAACUGGGCAGCAGCGGGACGUCGACCCCCUGAAAAUCGCCAGAGGCUGAUUGUCUUCAUGGCCGGUGGUGCAACGUACAGCGAAAGUAGAGUAUGCUAUGAAGUUGGCAACGAGCGCAGUCGAGAUGUCAUCUUGGCGACUUCUCACAUGCUUACGCCCCAGCUCUUCCUUCGCCAAGUUGGAGACUUGAGUCGUGAUAAAAGGCAGCUGGAUCUUCCUGCGGAACGCAAGAAGCACGCGCCCGCACAUCUUUUCGAGCGCCCGGCACCACCACCUCAGGCCCAGCCGCCGCCAAGGCAGCCAAUGCCUGCCGGAGGACCUCGACCGGGCGGUCUUCCAAGCCAACCGAUGGCUCGUCCGGGUGGUCUUCCCAGCAGACCAGUUCCCAGCGGCACUGUUCCCACGCAGGCCAUGGCGAAUAUGAGCGUCAGCAACCCGCCUAACCACAGGCCUACGACGUCAAAUAGCUCACAUGACGAUGGUAAACUACACAAGGAGAAGAAGAGGAGGAAUUUCCUGGGCCUGAAGAAGUAG